GUAAGGGUAGAGGACCUUUUUAACAUAACUCGGCUGAUCUUCAUGGCUGAUCUUCAACCUCCACCUGUCGUCCAGCGGGAGUCCUUUGCUGAGACACUGCAAGCCGUGCAGCAAGAGCAACUGUUAGCGUUAGGAAAGCUUCGCAGCGUACGAGAACGUCUACACAAUUGCAACGAUGCGUUGGAACGUGUGCUUGUCACGUUGAAAGGGGCUGGUCGUGAGGUGGCGUCGGAGUUGCGCACCAUGCGGGAGGACAUGGAUGCUGCCUACCGAGCUCUUGGGGCUCUCGAGAGGCAACUUUGAGGGAAGCACGGGAGGCUAGCAUUGGCAGCCAAGCGGUGUUGCCAUAGCGGAAUCCAACCUCGUCGGAGGGCUGGCAGCCUGGGCCAACUACUCGGUGGAAUGCUGCUUAUUGUGGUACCUUAAUACAUACUGGCAUCUCUCCCGCGUUGGCCCAAGGGGAAGCCUCAGCAUGUGCAAUGGGGGCCUGUACAAUGGAAACGCCUCACAUUGGGUGUAUAAUACGUGUUGUGCAUAGGCGUUACUGAUGAACCUGCGAUACAUAAGAGACUGCCUGAUAUGCUUGGGCCAGAUGGGAUGUGGCGAGGGAUGUUGCAGAUUCUUUCUGCUGCUGUAAGCGAAGUUAAAGCAUUGAAAUUUUAUGUAUGUUUCGUGUACACACCUAGUCAGGGGUCGCUGAAACCAUGCAGGUAGUUAAGAGACAUUGUUGGGUUGGAAAUGCGGACAUGUUUGGCAGCAGGUGUGUCAUGGACCUCGGUCUCCCUCGCACGUUUUUCUCCGGCACAGCCACAAUAACCAAACGUAGUUGGUCGAAAUCAGCUGAGCAAGCACCUGCAACCGAGGGUCACCGGGGCAACCGUUAACCGUUUGCCGAGCGCACGGUCGGCGGGAACAUUGACCGGGAUAUAAGGUUCUCUGAGCUUCUUGUAUAUUCACC